AUAGGAAGGGAAAAAAAAGAAAAAGAAAAAGAAAAAGGAAAAGAGAAAAGAAAUAAGAGUAGCAAAUGCCAUGGCAGGUUUCGAUCAGAAUCGGAGAUUGGAGUUAAAAGAAUUAGAAUGGACAAAGGAAGCAGUGGCGGGGAGAGAUGGAAAGGAGCAAUAGCAAAUAUAACAGAGAUGGCAUCAAAUCUUGAUUCCCUUCACAAACUACUUAUCAAGAAAGCUGUUUUUGUUGAUGAAGAUACCUUUGCUAAAGCCUCUCUCACUUCUGAACAAGCACGUACCAUCAAGGUUCUUGAACAAAGGGUGGACACUCUAGAAAGAGAACUUGAUGCCGCCAUUUCUGCUGCUGCUCGUGCCCGUGCAGAAAAACGACAGGCUGAGGCAGCACAAAAGGCUGCUGAAUUACGUCAACAAGAAAUUACUAGAGAACUUGAGAACACCACAAAGGUGUUUGAGCUACACAUGGAAGAGCUGCGUGCAAAGCAAGAUGAAAUUUCGAAGCGUGAUAAUGAAAUCAAACUUUUGGAAGCAAUAAUUCAGACGCUUGGUGGCAAAGAAUUACAUUCUACAAGUGGGUAAAUGUCCACUCUUUCCUUUUCCUUUUCCUAUUUGCCUUUUCAUAUUGUCAAGUGGGUUGAAACAGGUUGUAAAUUGUCGCGCAACUCAACUUUUGUAAAUUGUUCGAUUCUGCAAAUACAUUGUUUAAUGAUGUAUAAGCUUCUUAAAAUGUGCAUUGAUUGGUACAAUGAGCAAUUAUUCGAUGUUAAAUUAUAGGGAAAAGUAUAAAAGAAGUAUCUUAUAGUUACGCCCUUUCUCACUUAAGGGCAUGAACA